AUGGCCGCGCAACAAAAAGAUAGAAAUUUUUUGGCAAUCAUUGGGGAUGAAGAUUCUGUAACCGGCCUUCUUCUUGCCGGUAUCGGCCAUGUUAAUUCACAACAAAAGAAAAACUUUUUGGUUGUUGACGCAAAGACCCCUCUUUCAAAAAUAGAGGAAACCUUUUUGGAGUUCACAAAACGUAAAGAUGUUGCCAUUAUAUUAAUCAAUCAACACAUCGCUGAUCUUAUUCGGCCAUUAGUCGAUGAUCACGAUCAAGCAUUCCCAACUGUCUUGGAGAUACCGUCGAAAGAUCAUCCCUAUGAUCCAGAAAAAGAUAGCGUUCUCAGACGAGUGCAACGCAUUUUCGGCGAAUAA